AUGGGAGAUCUUGGUAACAAAGCAAACAAUGUUGUUCUUAACGAUGCAACAAAGCCUAUGCCGAUUGCCAUUGUAGGCAUGGCAUGUCGGCUCCCAGGUCAAGUUCGCAAUCUCGAAGACUUCUGGGAACUUUGUGCGCGUGGCAGAAGUGGAUGGUCCGAGAUACCCAGUAGCCGAUUCAAUGCUGCGGGCUUUUAUCAUCCGGAUCCAGAUCGUACUGGCUGCUUCAACCCAAAAGGGGGCCACUUCUUAGAUGAAGACGUUUCCCUAUUUGACGCUCUGUUCUUCAAUAUCACUAUCAAGGAAGCACAUUCCAUGGACCCACAGCAGCGACUGUUACUUGAAUGUACCUAUGAGGCGCUUGAGAAUGGCGGCAUUACAAAACAGUCCCUUCAAGGUCGUGAUGUUGGUGUAUUUGUGGGUGGCUCUCAAUCGGACUAUGAGAUUCAUAUGCUCCGCGAUCCUACCACGGUUCCCAUGCACGAAGCCACUGGAUGUGCACUGUCUCUGCAGUCAAAUAGAAUCUCAUACUAUUUUGAUCUGAAGGGCCCCAGUGUGACUGUGGAUACAGCAUGCUCUUCAAGCCUGACUGCCUUGCACUUGGCAUGCCAGAGCCUUCGAGCCAAAGAAUGUUCAGCGGCACUGGUUGGAGGAUGCCGACUUGACCUGGUCCCUGACACUUUUGUCUCUAUGUCCGCCUCUAGGCUAUUUUCAGAAAGUGGGAAAAGCUAUCCUUUCGAUCAACAAGCCAAAAAUCAGACUGUUACUGGAUAUGGUCGUGGAGAAGCCAUCGGCUGUCUGGUCCUCAAGCCGCUCCAUGAAGCCGUGGCUGCCGGUGAUCCAAUCCGUUCUGUCAUCGUAAAUACUGGGGUGAACCAAGAUGGUCGCACGAUAGGUAUCACAAUGCCGAACGGCGAAUCGCAGAAAGCACUUAUGCGCGCGGUUUAUCGCCAAGCGAUGAUCAACCCGCUAGAGGCAGGCUAUAUUGAGGCACAUGGGACAGGUACCGGAGUUGGUGACCCCAUUGAAGCGGCAUCUCUGCACGAUGUUUUCUGCGAGUAUCGUCCCCGACAUGAACCAUUGCUUUUGGGCUCAGUUAAAUCGAAUGUCGGCCACUCCGAGGGUGCAAGUGGUCUAAUUGGAACCAUCAAAACUGCCCUGAUGUUAGAGCGGGGCUUUGUAUUGCCCAAUUGUCGCUUUCAGACUCCACGGGAGGAUAUCCCAAUGAAGGAAUGGGGAAUGAAGGUACCGAAUAAAUUAUCUCCUUGGCCUAAAGGCAAGCAAUUUGCUAGUAUCAACAAUUUUGGCUUUGGAGGAACAAAUGCUCACAUCGUUUUGGAGAAAGCUCCUAAAGCGCAACUAGUCGAAAAUGGACAGGUCGAUGAUGAAGGAAGAGAGAACAAUCCUACACGCUAUGUGUAUGUCCUUUCAGGCCACAAUAAAAAGGCAGCCAAGGCCCAGUCAAAGCUCUUAGCAGAGUACCUCGAAAAGCACCCUGAUGCAUUUGACGCAAAUUUGAUGAGCAACCUAGCCUACACUCUGGGCCAGCGGCGAACAAUUUUCCCAUGGAAGCUAGCAGUUUCCGCCUUGUCAUGCAAAGAGUUAAUUGGCCACCUUUCCACUGAUCUCAAGCCUCUCAAUGUUUCAGAAAGACUGUCUGUAUCUUUAAUUUUCACUGGUCAAGGGGCUCAAUGGAUUGGCAUGGGUAUGGGGUUGAUAAAAUCACGCUCAAAGUUUUCUGAAACAUUACAAGCUGUUGAUAAAGCUCUGAAGGAUUUGGGUAGUGAUUUUUUAAUCACUGAUGAGCUCGAAAAAGAUGAAGCAAGCAGCUCUCUUCACGAACCCUAUGUGAGCCAGCCAGCCUGUACAGCUAUUCAACUGGCACUCGUUGAUCUUCUUCACUCCUGGAAUAUUUUCCCUGAAGCCGUCAUUGGUCACUCCAGUGGAGAAAUUGCAGCUGCUUACGCUGCUGGUAUCCUCGGUCUUGAGCAAUGUAUUCGGAUCGCGUACUUCCGCGGAGCAACUGCUCAAAUUCUCAAAAAUGACACUGCUGGAUGUAAAGGAAUGAUGAUGGUGGCUGGUGCUAGCCCAGCCCGACUGCAACCACUCAUCGAUGAGAUUGCAGUAGAAAAAGUCAGAAUCGCUUGUAUAAACAGCGAUUCAAGCGUGACCCUCUCUGGUGAUGCGGAUGCAAUUGACAAGCUAGAAUCGACUUUGGCCAGCAAGGAAAUAUUUACUAGAAAGAUCAAGACCGGUGUUGCGUACCACUCGCAUCAUAUGCUGUCGGUUGCCAAGAAGUAUCGCGAACUCAUGGGUGAUAUUGUACCUGGGCCGUCCAUGAUCACAUUUCACUCCACGGUUCAUGGUAAAGAAAUCCCCAGCUCCUAUUUGACUAGCGACUACUGGGUCAACAAUCUUGUUUCGCCAGUCCUGUUUCUCGACGGAUUGAAGAGUUUAAUCUCCCAAACGACUUCAAACAAUCACAUACUCAUCGAAGUCGGACCGCACUCGGCAAUGCAGUCUCCAAUCCAAGCCACGAUCAAGCAACACUUCCCAGAGAACAAGAGUCAAUAUUUUGCAGCUAUGAAGCGCAACUCAGACCUUAAGGAGGUCAUUCAAGAUCUCGCUGCUGCACUUUUUGUAAGGGGUGCUGAAAUCGAUUUGGACGCCAUCAAUGUCUUUUCCGAGUCUGAAAAACAACCGAAGGUCUUGACAAACUUACCUAGUUAUCCGUGGGAUCACACUACCCGUCAUUGGCAUAAUUCCCGUAUUGCGCAAAACCUCUGUCAUCCCAAGUUUCCUCGAAAUGAUAUCUUGGGGGAACUCUGUGCAGACAACAUCGAUCUUGAGCCAAGAUGGCGAAAUGUUAUACGCACUGACGAUCAUCCUUGGAUUCGCCAGCAUAAAGUUCAUGGAAAUUCUCUCUACCCUAUGACUGCUUUCUUGGCUAUGGCUAUUGAAGGUGUAGUGCAGCUGGCACACCUACAGCAUAUCAAACUUGAUCGUGUCGAGCUACGAGAUGUAAGGAUGCAACGAAUGCUGGUGGUCCCGGAUACGUCGUCCGUAGAAGUUUUCCUCUCAAUGAAGCUCCACAAUGGCCUUGCUUCCUCUAUGUCCAAUGGUGCUUGGUAUGAGUUCAAGGCUUACUCUUGGGCAGAGGGUAGAGGAUGGGAUGAGCAUUGUCACGGUUUUGUCAUCGCUCGAAGUUCUGAGGGCCUUAAUCCGGUCAAUCAGAAAAUAACCGCCGAUUCCGAGAAGCUCUUGAGUAUCAGCCAAGAUUGCACCAAGCCUGUUGAUGCAUCAAUGGUUUAUGACAGUAUCGCAGCCACAUCGGUGAACUACGGACCUCUGUUUCGGAAUUUGACUGGUAUCACAGUCAGUGAAGAUGGAAAAGUGACAGCGGAUGCGUGCAUUCCCGAUACCAAAAGCUGCAUGUCCUUUCAGCACGAGACCGACUUCUUGGUGCAUCCAAUUACGUUGGAUACUGUUCUUCAGAGUUUCUGGUUCUUGAUUGGAUAUGACAAGCCAGGACCCCAUUCUGCUUAUCUCGCUGACUCGAUCAAACAUAUGACCAUAAAGUUGAAUGAGCUUCUCACUAGCGGCACAACUUUCAAGCUCUUUGCUGUACAGGAACCAAACUUCACACCUGGUGGGGAUGAAACAUUCGACGUUUUUGGCGUUGUUGAAGAAGAAAAUCCAUGGAUAUCAGUCAGUGGAUUCAAAGCCGUACGCAUAAAUGAUGCUCCAGAUACUCUUGACGGCAAAGUCGAGCGAGCUCUGUGCUAUAAAGAAGAGCUUAAACCUUGUCUCGACUUGCUUGAGAUCUCUGGUACUACCCUGCGCCAGAUUUCAGCUAGGAGCAUUAGUAGUUCUCUGGAAAGAGUGAGGCUUUUGGAAAAAGUGUCACGACACUUUAUUAACAGAGCAUUGUCAAAGGUUCCGUCGGAACUUCCAAGCUUUCAGCCUCAUUAUCGCUCUUUGUAUCGUUGGAUGCAAACGGUCCGUUCCUCUAGUGAUACGAAAUGUGACGAUGAGCUGAUACGUAGCGUUCGCUCCAUGAGUGCUUCAGGAGAGAUGACCUGCAAAAUUGGAGAACUGCUACCAGAAAUUCUCCUUGGCAAAAUAGACCCAUUGUCGGCUAUUGUUGAAGAUAACCUCUUAAAUCAAUACUAUGAGAAUCACGACAGCUUCCCACAAAUAUGCCAGAGAAUCUCGCUCUGCAUUGAUAUAAUGGCAAACCAGAAUCCUAACAUGAACAUUUUGGAGAUUGGUGCCGGCACUGGUUCUGUUACCUGGCCCAUCUUGGAAAGCUUUGGUGGCAGGGAUGGGAAGACUCUACCAAGAUUCUGCCACUAUACCUUUACGGAUAUUUCAACUGGUUUCCUUGAGAGAGCACAUGAGAGACUUCGGGGAUGGGGCUCUCUUGUAUCCUACCAGAGUCUGGACAUAUCUGAGGACCCAGUUAGCCAAGGGUAUACUGCUCAUUCCUAUGACCUGGUAAUUGCUGGAGACGUUUUCCAUGCCACUGCUCGGAUCAGUGAAACGUUAGCCAAUGCUCACAAGCUACUGAAGCCCGGUGGAAAACUUCUGUUCGUUGAGGAAACAAACAUGCACCCUAGGGUUUUCCCGUUCGCUUGCCUCCCUGGCUGGUGGUUAUGUCAGGAUGAACGGACUAUAGGUCCUCUGCUCGACCAGGAGGCUUGGAAUAGAGCACUGAGAGAAAAUGGAUUUUCUGGAGUCGACCUUUAUCUACAAGACUUCCCCGACUGUCCCGAAGCAUCUUCAUCAGUGAUUAUCUCUACUGCUAACACCGACAUGCUUUCCAAACACGAGGUUGUCAUCAUUGGACAUGGACAAGGAGGCGUGAUAGUUCCAAGUGACUUAGUAAUCAGCAUUGGAUCUGUGGCUCGAGUAUCCCCCAAUAUCAAAGACCUCAUUCAUGCAGAUGUGGCGGGGAAAGUAUGCGUCUUUAUCGGCGAGGUUGGGCAGGCGUUGUUGCCGGAUUUGGCCAGUGAAGUUUUCCUUGCGAUUCAAAGAGUUGUGAAAACUGCGAAGGGAAUCCUUUGGGUCACUGGGCAUCAUGAAUCCUAUUUACAGCAAGCUGAUGUUAAAAUGAUCCUUGGUUUAGCGCGCACAGUGAGAAAUGAAACCAGAUUCCCAUUCGUCACACUCGAUCUCGGUAAAAUCGAUGACCUCCGAUCUGAUGAUGCGGUACACAGUGUUGUGCGUGUCCUCGACAAAGUGUUCCAGUCACCUUCCAUCCUCAUGACUGGUGAAAUGGAGUUCAAGUUUCAAGAUGGAGAGAUCUGCAUCCCCCGUGUAGUGGAGGACCAUGCGAUGAACUUCAACAUAAUGUUAGAAGGAAUGAAAGCACCUCCACAGCUCCAAGAGUUCCAGCAAAAUGCAAGGCCUCUCACGCUCAAAUUGACCAACACCAACGCCCUGGACGGGUUUUUGUUCACAGACGAUGACAGCUUAAGUGCACCGCUUCCAUCAGACUUCAUCGAGAUCAAGGUUUGCUUCUCGGGUUUGAAUUUUAGGGACAUAAUGGUCAUCAUGGGAGAGGUCACUGGCUCUAAUGUCGGUGGUGAGUGCAGUGGUAUUGUAACAGCGGUGGGGUCUGACGUCCCAGGCUUUGAUAUUGGCGACCGAGUAUGUGCUGUUUCCCACAUGGGAUCAUUUGCGAGUUACAUCCGCUGCCCUGAGACUAGUGCAUGGAAGUUGCCUCCUGAAAUAGCUCUUGACGUUGCCGCUACUAUUCCAAUCACAUUUUGUACAGCAUACUAUUCUUUGGUUGAUGUGGCUCGGCUUUUGCCUGGGGAGAGUAUAUUGAUUCACUCCGCGGCAGGUGGUCUUGGUCAAGCUGCUAUUCUUCUCGCUCAAUCACUUGGGGCCAAUGUGUUUGCAACUGUUAGCACACGAGAAAAGAAGGAAUUCCUUCAAGAAGCCUAUAGCUUGGAUGAGGAUCGGAUUUUCUUCAGCCGAGACACCAACUUUGCUCAAGCAAUUUUUCAGGCAACAGAUGGACAAGGUAUCGAUGUCGUUGUUAACUCCCUGAGUGGAGAUUAUCUUCGUGCCUCGUUCGAGACCUUGGCACCAUUCGGUCGUUUUGUUGAGUUAGGUAAGCGAGAUUUCUUGCAAAACUCUCGCUUGGAGAUGGCUCACUUCUUGAAUAACGUGACGUUCGCCUCGGUGGAUCUGGUCCUCGUGAUGAAGCGUAAACCUCAACUUUUAAAGAGGUUACUAGGAGAUGUGUUCGAGAAAUUUGGUGGUGAUGUGUUUUGCAAGCCGACAUGGCCUAUCACAUCUUACUCAAUUUCAGAUACUGAGAAUGCAUUACGGGAGAUGCGAACAGGAAAGAUGAUUGGCAAGAUUGUUAUUCAAAUGAAUGCAGAUGCAAUUGUCAAGGUUCAUCCGCCACGAAGACGGUCCGAUACUCUUCUUCGACACGAUGCAUCUUAUCUGAUCGUCGGCGGAACGCGAGGGGUCGGGCUCAAUGUUGCGACUUGGCUAGCAAGUAGAGGGGCACGAUACCUUGUACUUGUAUCUCGAUCAGGUCAAGUGAGCAAAGAAUCACAGCCAAUAAUCGACAAACUCAUCAGCCAAGGAGUGUCCGUCAAAGUAUGCCAAUGUGAUGUUAGAUCGGAAGAGAUAGUCAAAAAAGAACUGGGAGAUAUCUUGGCCACGAUGCCAAACCUACGUGGUGUGAUAUACAGUGCCAUGGUUGUUCGUGAUGUAAUGUUCGAAGAAAUGGAAUAUUCCGAUUACCACGCAGUGACACAACCGAGAGUCCAGGGGGUGUGGAAUCUCUAUAAUGGCUUGGUUCAGUUCAACCAGAAACUCGAUUUCCUCAUCAACUUCUCUUCGCUCUCUGGUAUCAUUGGCAAUUUCACACAAUCUGCUUACGCAGCCAGCUGUACAUUCAUGGAUGAGUUCUCUCAUUCAAUGAAUGCCAUCGGUGUACCAUGCACCACAAUAGAUCUCCCACCAGUUAGUGGCAUUGGUUAUCUCACUCAAUACGAUGAAACGAGAGAGAUGGUCCGACAACUCUUUGGUGAUGAAUGGGUCACUGCAGAAGAGAUCCAUAGUCUCCUCGCGAUCGCAAUAAGAGGCUUCAUGAAGGACUCUUGCAAUGACCAUUGUAUCACUGGAAUGAGGGGCAUCAAAAAACAAUACGAAAACACCGAUCACCCUUGGACUCGAGAUCCUAGGUUCUCUCAACUGGUCCGCUUGUACACCAUGUCCACCACUUCUGAAAAAUCUUCUCAGUCUAAAGAUGGCGCAUUCGAGCGUCCUGCAAAGGCGAUCCAGCAGGUUCAAAAUGCCACCCAAGCCCGCCAAAUUGUCGCGGACUCCGUGCUAGGAAAGCUAUCUAGUCUUUUAAUGAUUGCGAUGGAAGAACUUGAUGCCUCCAAGCCAAUCUCUGUUCUCGGGCUCGACUCACUUGUGGCCAUUGAGAUUCGACACUGGAUAACCCGGGAAUUCGACGCAAAUCUUCAGCUAUUAGAGAUUCUGGCCAGUGAUUCAGUGAAUGCCUUGGCAAAUACGAUUCUGCAAAAAUCAGGAUUUGUUUCAGAAGCCCUCAAGUCCUUCACAACGGCUGAAAAGGCAGAAUUGACAACUUGA